AACAGUCACUUCGAAGCGUCUGCAACCAUUUCUGAAAAAUACUUAUUUCCGUCCCCCAUGAAAAUGUGGCUGUAGUGAGGCCUGGCACGACUCCUUGAAGAAUGAAAAGGUAAUUGAUCCCAAAAACUAGUUGCCAUAGCGGGGUAUUCUUUCUACUCCGUAACUGGCAGUAGAAAGAGAGAAGAGACAGGAGGGUAAAAGGUCCGUCGUCAACAGUCACCGCUCCCGUCCUGAACAAGAGGAGGAGCUGAAUGCUGUUUCCUCCAUUUGAAGCAACGAAGUGUUGAUACAGAUAAAGGAGGAAAUUUAACCGAGAUGAAGAUGAUCUCCAGCAUCCUGCUGCUCCUCAUCCUCAGCUCAUGUCUCUGUGCAGCAACAUUUGUAGUGAAUGUGACACAGAGCAGCUAUCAGGCAGAGGAGAACCACAGCAUCACUCUGGAGUGGACCUUCACCACCAAGACUCAGGGAUCCUGGUGGAAACUGUUCAUCUACUGCAGCUUACUGGCUCCUCAUAAAGAACUAGUUCUCUAUGAGGUCCGUGAAGGUGUUGAGUUUCCAGAGUCUCAGGAUGAACAUUUUUCAGGACGAGUCCAGAGUGACAAAGACGUCCUCAGAGAAGGACGAAUCAGACUCCAUGUGUCCAGACUGAGGAUUAAUGACUCUGGUCGGUAUUGGUGUGAAGUGGAAACUGAAGAUGGAUUCAACAAGACAGAAUGUCGACUCAACGUCUUUGAAGUGAAGGACGUUGGUCAGAACCUGAUACAUGCAAAGGUGGGAGACGACGUUAUUCUGCCAUGUCAUCUGGAGCCUCCAUUUGACGUGAACAGACUUACAAUCGAAUGGAGAUUCAAGGGUCAAAUAAUACUUGUGUAUCACAGCGGAGCUGAAGAUGAUAAAACUUCAGACCCAAAGUACCAGGACAGAAUCUUUAUGUUCCAUGAUGAGUUUAAAAACGGCAACAUUUCCCUCAAAUUGAUCAAAGUGACCAAAGAGGAUGAAGGGAUUUAUACUUGUUUUGUUCCCAACCUGCAAAGUAAAGUCAGGAAGGUGAACGUUACUCUAAAACUUGAACCUCAUCCUAGAGUUAUUGUUGUUGGUGGUGUUGUUGUUCAUGUUGUUCUUGUUGGAUCACUCAUCAUCAUCAUCUUCAUCUUCAUCUUCAUCAUAUACUAUGGUGUACGUCGCCGCAGAGAUGAACAAAUUUUCCAUGCCAGAGCAGCAACUCUCGACACGAACAAAGGAGAAAUGAUGGAGGGAUGGAAACAGAACAAUUCCAGAAUCGGAGAGGAAACGGUAACCAAGGAGAUGAAGAUAAAAAAAGAUAUUUUACAGGAACAACAAAACCAAAGUGUCUGAAUUAUUCAUC